UAAAUGAAAAUCACUUGAAUUUUUUUUCAAUAAAAACAAAAUUGGAUUAAAAAAUGUAUUUGGGAAAAGAAACAAGUGGAAAUGGUCUCAACAAGUACGCUUGUGCUUGUGUGAUGGCAGCUACUAUUAUCUCUGCCAUAUUUGGUUAUAUUACUGGAGUGAUGGCAGGAGCACUGUUAUUCAUAAAAGAAGAACUUGAAAUAAGUGACAUGCAAGUUCAACUUGUAGCAGGAAUCUUAAAUGUGUGUGCAUUACCAGCAUGCAUGGUUGCUGGAAGAACAUCUGAUUACAUAGGACGACGCUACACAAUAAUUCUAUCCGCAGUAAUAUUCUUUAUAGGCUCAAUUUUAAUGGGCUAUGGUCCAUCUUUUCCAAUUUUGAUGGUUGGAAGAUGCACUGCAGGAUUUGGUGUUGGUUUUGCACUUAUCAUAGCACCUAUUUAUAGUGCUGAAAUUUCAUCACCUUCUUAUAGAGGUUUUCUAACUUCUCUACCAGAUGUUUCACUCAAUGUAGGUUUUUUACUUGGUUAUGUCUCAAAUUAUUUCCUAGGAAAAUUGUCUCUAAGACUUGGAUGGAGAAUUAUGCUUGCAAUUCCUUCAAUUCCUUCAUUUGGGUUAGUGAUUUUAAUGUUGAAAUUAGUUGAGUCUCCAAGAUGGUUGGUUAUGCAAGGUAGAUUAGGUGAUGCUAGGAAAGUUCUUAUGUUAAUUUCUAAUUCAAAAGAAGAAGCAGAACAAAGAUUGAAGGAAAUAAAAGUUGCUGUUGGAAUUGAUGAAAAGUGUGACCAAAACAUAGUUCAUGUUCCACAAAAAACUCGUAGUGGUGGUGGAGCUUUACAAGAAAUGUUUUGUAAACCUUCAAAACCUGUUAAAAAGAUACUAAUUGCAGCUAUUGGUGUUCAUGUUUUUCAACAAAUUUGUGGAAUUGAAGGAAUUUUGUUAUAUAGUCCAAGAAUUUUUGAAAAAAUAGGAAUUUCUGAAAAAAGUACAUUACUUUUAGCAACGGUUGGUAUAGGAAUAAGCCAAUCUUUAUUCACAUUUUUAUCAUCAUUUUUAUUGGACAAAAUUGGGAGAAGAAUUUUAUUGUUGGUUAGUUCAGGAGGUGUGGUUGUGAGUUGGUUAGGAUUAAGUGUUUGUUCAGCUAUAUUGGAAAAUUCUCAAGAUGAAGAACCAUUAUGGGCCAUAACUUUGGUUAUUAUUGCUAUAUACAUUUUGGUUGCUUUUGUUGCUAUUGGAAUUGGGCCUGUGACAUGGGUUUAUAGCUCUGAAAUAUUUCCACUAAGGUUAAGAGCCCAAGGUCUUGGUAUUUGUGUGGCUGUAAAUAGGGUUACAAAUGUGGCUGUGGUUUCUAGUUUCAUUUCAAUUUUUAAAACCAUUACAUUGGGUGGGACUUUCUUUAGUCUUGUGGGUAUUAAUGUUUUGGCUUGGUGGUUUUAUUACUCUUUCUUGCCUGAAACUAAAGGAAGAUCAUUAGAAGAUAUGGAGACAAUAUUUGGGGAAGAUUCCAAGGAAGAGGUACAAAUGAAGAUUCAAUGCAACCAUGCAUAGUUUGGGAUAAGGAGUGUUGUUUUUCUUCUUUUUAAGUUAAAGUUUUUGGUGAGGGAAUGUCGCUCCGGUUUAAGGUGUAAAAAACCUUUUGAGGAAGCGUGUACUUACAAACAAAAUAAAUUUACUUUACUUUCAAAGAUUAGUGACAACUUAAAUGCUUAACAUGUCUCUGUAUAAAUUAAAUCAACAAAUUAACUUGUUAGAGUUAUUGGAGCAAUUAAAUAGCUCUUUGUAACGAGUUUUUUUUUAAUACAAUUAGUACAGAUGUAACAAGUGGUUUCAUUUGAAGUAUUGUUGAAAUCAUUUGAAGUGUUUUCUGCA